AUGUUGGCAAGGUGCGCGACACUUUUGGCGGUGGCAGCAGCUGCUGUUACUGCAGCAUCCACAUCGAGCGGUACUGCUUCAUCGACCUCAGUCACAGCUACAGCGACACCUACCAAGCCAGCUGCGCCCGCAAUACCUGUUCCAGAUGCAGAGCAGCAGGAACGCUUUUCCUCGCUCGCGCUCUUCCUCGUGCUGUCUCUGCUCAUCAUGUCCUUCUGGACAUCAUACUAUCUCAAGGUCAAGCGCAUCACGGCGGUGCACGAAACCAUCGUCGGCCUCUUUGCUGGCAUGUUCGUCGGUGUCUGUCUGCGCAUCGGUCCAGGCGAGCAGGUGCAGAACAUGCUCAGUUUCAGCAACACCAUCAUGCUCAACGUGCUGCUUCCACCCAUCAUCCUUGCAUCAGGCUACGACUUGCGACAGGAGAACUUCUUCCGCAACUUUGGCACCAUUCUCAUCUUCGCCUUCGCCGGCACCUUCAUCAGCGCUAUCGUGGUCGGUGUCAUUGUCUACCUCUGGUCGCUGCUCCACCUCGAGUCCAUCUCAUUGACGCUGCUCGAGUGUCUCAUCUUUGGCUCUACGUUGAGCGCCACCGAUCCGGUAACCAUCCUCGCCAUCUUCAACACGUACAAGGUGGACCCUCAGCUCUACUCGGUCAUCUUUGGCGAGAGCAUCCUCAAUGAUGCCGUGUCCAUCGUCAUGUUCGACACGCUUUCGACUUUCCGCGGCAAGGACAUCUACAUUUCGUCCAUCUUCCACGGUAUCGGCCUCUUCUUGGUGGUUUUUACGCUUUCGAUGAUGCUUGGCGUAUGUUUCGGUCUGGGAUGCUCGCUUUUGCUCAAGCACUCGCGGCUCAGCUCGUAUCCUCAGCUCGAGAGCUGUCUCGUGGCGCUGAUCGCUUACACGAGCUACUUUUUCAGCAAUGGCGUUACAAUGAGCGGAAUCGUGUCGCUCUUGUUCUGCGGUAUCACUCUCAAGCACUACGCAUACCAUAAUAUGUCGAGACGAACACAGCGGACCACGCGAUACACGUUCCAGACAUUGGCCAACCUUUCGGAGAACUUUAUCUUCAUCUACCUCGGUCUCAGUCUAUUCACCCAGGAGAUCUUGGUGUACAAGCCGCUGUUCAUCAUUGUCACCGUUCUCGCCGUCGUAGCGUCGCGAUACUGCGCCGUGUUCCCCAUCGCCAGCGUGAUCAAUGCUUUCAGGCGAGCACGCAGCAACCAACGAGCACGAGCCGCCGGAGGAGGGGGCGUGCCGCGCGGGACGGGCGACGAAGAGUUGCCGCGACAGUAUCAGAUCAUGCUCUUCUGGGCCGGUCUUCGUGGUGCGGUAGGCUUUGCGCUGUCGGCAGGUAUUGAGGGGCAGAAUGCGAUUGCUCUGCAGACGACGGUGUUGGUGACGGUGGUGCUGACCGUGAUCGUGUUCGGAGGAACCACGGCGCAGAUGUUGGAGAUCUUGGGAAUCCGAACGGGAGUGCAGGAUGAUGAGGGAGAGUCGGACGACGAGGACGAUGAAGACGAUGUGAUGCGGUUGAGAGGAAUGCAAAGGAGGAGCUACAUGGAUGCUAGCAAUUACCGCGAUGCGUCGGAGAGAGCUGGGUUGACACGGUCCGGCAAUCGAUUCGCAUCGGGAGGCAAGAAUGGGUACCGCGAUGCAAGCGCGAGCUCGAGUCCGCGUGCGUCGUUGAGCCACAGCGGCUCCGUGUACGCACGAGGACAGGGCGCGGCAGGGAAAUCCGGAAAUCCGCGUGGAGGAUUCGCCGAUGACUUGGACGAGGAAGACGAGGUGUCAUCUUUCUCCUCGGACAUGCUUCCAUCAAGGUCGUCAACACCGGGGCUUUCAUCCGGCCUGGGUCCGUUGAGCAGCAGCGCUGGCGGACCGGGACUUUCGAGUGCACGCUCACCGUCCAACGCUGGCUCUCUGCCGAGCUUGAGCGAGAUCCGUCGCGCAGUCAUCGAGGCAUCCUCCACCGACGGUUCGACGUCCUCCCCCGCCAAGCAGCUUCUCGACCGAGCAGGCCUCGUCAUGAAGGACGGCCAAUGGUUCCAAGCCAUCGAUCAGAAAUACCUGCUGCCGCUGUUCAGCAACUCGGUGGCGUCACGCAAGCACGAGGAGAAGAAGAUCGCGCGCCUAGCUGCCCGCGAUGCGGCGGCAAGUCAACUCGAUCUGUCUGGGCAAGCUGGCGAUACGAGCGCCGGUGGCAGGAGGAACUUCUUCUCGGUCGAAGAGGAUGGAGACGCGGAGCUGUAUCCUGCUGAACGCGAUGCGGUGGUGGUGGAUGAGGACGACGAGGAUGCGGGGACGAAUGUGUUUGAUGCAACGUCGUUCGCGAGUGGGAGGAGGUCGACGAGCGGUCGCAAUACGCCGACGAGAAGAACGUUCAGUCAGAACGAGGAUGGCGUUUGA